CAAAAACACAGUGAGUUCUUCGAAUUCUCAGCUUCUCAUUCAUUCUCAAUUCACCUCAUACUGCAAAGUUCUCAACUUUAAAUUUUCCUUCUUGCUUUCUUUUUCUUCUUUUUUCUUCAAUCCUUUCUGCAAUUUCAUUGGGUAUUUUGUUAAAUGCAUAAAAUUAUGAGUAGUUGAACAUUUUGGUUGCUGUGGUGUGGCAUAGUGAUUUUGUCCCCCAUGAAUUUUGAUUUUCUUCCUAAAAUCAUACCUUGGUUUAGGCCUCAACUGAAUGCUACAGAUUCAGCAUCGAUUUCAGUAUCUACCUCCCAGGUUUUCAUUGAGCAGCCUAAGCAGAAUGCUGGUGAAGGUGGCAAGUUGUUUGGAAUGCCCUUGCCUUUGUUGUCAUUUCUUCCUUGGGCGAAUAAUUCCGGGGUUCAGAUCAUUCGGAGGCCAACUACUAUCAAUAGGCGAUUGAGGAGACGAGCGCAAACUCGUGGGAAGAUCGACGAAGUUAGCGAGGUUAACCCUGCAAGGUUCAGGCCUUAUGUUUCUAAGGUCCCAUGGCAUACAGGGCCGCGAGCUUUUUUCUCGCAGCUAUUCCCUAGAUAUGGUCAUUACUGCGGACCAAACUGGUCCAGUGGAAAAGACAGUGGAUCGCCGGUUUGGGAUAAGCGACCGAUCGAUUGGUUGGAUUUCUGUUGUUAUUGCCAUGAUAUAGGGUAUGAUACACAUGAUCAGGCCGAGCUGCUGAAGGCGGACUUAGCCUUUCUUGAGUGUUUGGAGAAGCAAAAUAUGGCAACCAAAGGAGACCCUCAUGUUGCUCUUAUUUACAAGACAAUGUGUAUAAAUGGUUUGAAGAGUUUUCUAGUACCUUAUAGAAGGCAACUUGUGAGCCUACAAUCUGGGCAGCCAUUGAUUCAAUUUGGAUGGCUAAGCAAUUUUAGAUGGAGAAGUUGGAACUGUCAGAAAACAUGAUGAUGAUGAUGUAACCAUUAGGCUUAUGUUUGAUAGGUUCAGAUUUUUUCACUGCAUAUAAUGUAUUGUAUUGUAAUAUUGUACAUAGACUUAUGCCUUAGUGUUAAUUGGCAUAUUCUAUCAAUAAUAGUUAGUCCUGGUUUAAGAUCUUAGUUAAUAAUGUAAUCAUAACAGAUCUUAACUAUAUUUAGGUCCAGUUACCUUAAAAGUUGUGUAUUCAAAGGGUAAAUGGUAAAUGUUUCAAACAGAUACUUGAUUUGAUUUGUUGGAAGCUGUAACAGAAUGGAGAAGUAUUAUUUGUAGUA